UCAUGCUCGUUUCUAGCGGGGACUUAGAAGGCAAGCAUGUGUAACCAGGCGUGUGGGGUCGAGCAUUGUUGGGCUUUUCUUUAUUUUCCUUGCAUGUUUUGCAUGCUAUGCUUUGGUCGACUAUCAAGGACUACACACUCCUUCUUUUUGCUUCUUGGGACGAGCUUUUCAUCUUUGGCUUCCUCACGUUAAAUGACCACUCCUCUUAUUACUUUCUUUUUGCCACCCGUUGUCUCGACGUAAAUAGUCCUAGGCUGAGGAAAGUCUUCUUUCGCUUUCGUUAUUCUUACAUAAAGGACCAUCUCUGACUAAUCUUACAUUUUACGUUCCUUGUUUUCCGUCAAUCUUCGCCAACCUU